AACUUAUCAUUCAUCAUGCAUCCAUUAUUUUUUUUCUAUCUAGUUGAUUGGGUAAAGUCAAAAAUCCGAUCAUUGCGAAAUAGUUUCGUAAAGGCGAAAAAACCUCCACCCAGUGGCAGUGCUAGAAAAAAUCCAUCUCGUCGAACCACUUGGAUAUUAGAGAAGUUACAAUUUCUAGCACCUCAUGUUGCAACACGGACUUCAAUUUCGAAUAUUGACUCUGAAUCCGUUGGCACUCCUCAAGACACAAGUUUCACCCAAGAGGAUGAUGAUGAUUACAAUGAUUUAAAUAAUGAAAAUGAAAAUGAAAUGGAACAUCAUGGAGUGGAUGGUGCAGUAGCAAGGUCUACGAGUCAGCCUAUACAAAGGCCAACUACUUCAAGGAAGAGACAGGCUGAAGAAGAAUUUAAUUUGAUUAAAACUUUAUCAAAUUCAAUAGCUGAGAAAAGAAAACGCAGAAAAGAAAAUAAUGGUGGCAACAUGUUGGAUGCUUUUGGAGUCUAUGUGGCAAAGGCACUUUCGGAAUUAGAUCCUAGAACUUGUCAUCUUGCACAAAAUAAAAUAAAUGGAAUAAUUUUUCAAGCACAGGCUGGUCUAUUGGCACAAACUCAAGAAAUACCACCACAAAUGCUUCGUGAACAAUCACAAAGAAAUUAUUUUCAUCCAAACAUAAGCAUUGGUAUGCCGUCAAAUUCAACACCACCACUGUACGAUGAAAACAAUGCAUCGUACAGAGAUGAUCAUAUGCAUAUGUCAGGUGCCUGGCGAAACUGAUAUGUUCACAUUUGCACACUUUUGUAGUUAUGGCUUGUUUUGCAUGUGUUUGGGUAAAAUAAAUGAUGUAAAAAAGUAUGUUUUAUAAGUGAAUAGAUUAAAUAACCUUCAAA